AUGGAAGGUUCUUCUUCCUCCCAAUCCUUCGUCUCCUGCUUUCAGACCGUGGAGCCGCUUCCGUUACGACCGCGGGCAGUCGUUGAUUGCAAGACUACGACUAUGCGCAAACAGCAGCGGCAACGUCGUUUCGCUCUCGGAGGUCGAAAUACAAGCCUUGGGCGUCUCGAAGCCAGUCUCUGCCGCCACCACCGCCGUCUCGUUUUGCACUUCAGAGUUCCCUCGAUCGGGGUUUGUCCGUGGCGGGUGCCAGGUCCAUUCGGUGCGAACGACAAGCGACGGCCUUCGAUCCGAGAGUCGUGUUGCUUGGGAACGCAGCCCAAAUCGGGUGGUAAGCUCCAUCCAAGGCCGAGUCCAAUAGUCGACAAGUACCGUGAGGGAAAGUUGAAAAUAACUCUGGAGAGAAUUCAAGAAAACGUGAAACCGCCUAGGGGUAAACGGGUGGCACCGCUCACAGCGAUCGCGGGCGGGGUGGGACUCAGUCUGGUGCUCCUUACGUGGCCCAAACGCGAUUUGGUUGUUGCCCGGGAAAUUCCUCGGGCGGCGGCGUCCACCACAGGCCGGCGCGGACAUCAUUUCGGGGUUCACUGGCGGGGACGUUUGUUGCUGGGGUGCCCGGUGCGGUUUCGGCCGCUUUGCCGCCCUUCCUCCUCCUACUCGACCUCGACGCCUUCUGGAUUCUGCUUUUGCACUCGCGUCGCCAACGGGAGAGACGGGCCGCGGGGAACGAGGAGAACGCGGCGGUCGCUGCUGCUGCCGUCGUGGCUCCUCCUCUCCAUUCCUCGCGAUCACCCGAAGCUCUUCUUCGCUCGGCAUCAUAUGGCGCGGGCGCUUCGGCGCCACGCUAACAUCCGCACGGCAAGCACCGGAUGCACUUCCCCUCCAGUCCGUCGUCGCGCCCCGUUCCCGGCGUGCAGGUCGACGCACUCUAAACCUUCAUGUUCGCGGGUCGGCGGAGACGUCUUCUAUCGGUCCCGCAAGCGUACUGCCCCCUUCUGCCGGGGACGGAGGAAACGAAAACGCGAUCCGUUACACGUGACGAACCGGUUUCUUCUCGUCAGACGAUCCGCGCAGCGCUUCGCGCGCCCUCAGCGUCCCACCGUCUCGGGGGUGCGCGGGACAGUCUUCGCGGGAGCUUCAAAACCGGCGCGGCCACGCCGAUUCCCAUGCCGGCGCGCGUCGUCGUCUCGUUGCGUCGUCUUCUUCGCGUCCAGAACAAAAAGCCGGGCGCACGGGACGGCUGUGUCUGCGCGUCGUAGGAACCCCGAAGAACCCCGAUGGCGCAGAGAAAGCGAGAGGGCGCGUCGUAGGAAACCACUGGGCCGGGAGAGGUGUCGCGGUGAAAGCGGUUCCGGCGGGGAGUUUCUUGCUUCCUUCCGCCGCCUAGUCGUGUUCGAUUCCGCCGGCUCUUGCCUUCUUCGACCCGCCGUCCUUUCCCUCUUUUCCUCCGUCCGUCCCGAAUCGGUUCCUCAUGAUUUUCCUGUCGCCGGCCGCAGGCGCAUCCCCCCCGGGUCGCUAAUUUUUUCUCUGAGUACGACUCGGCCGACUCUGGCGUAUCGAGCGGACAAGGACCCGAGAGAUGGCGAUCCACGCGCGGUCGGGAUGAAACCAGAGGAAACUCUGGUGGAAGUCCGAAGCGCCUCUGACGUGCAAAUCGAUCGACUAAAGUCCGACAUGCCGAGCCUGUGGCCCAGGCGCCGACAGAUGAGGAGCAGUUCAUGA